GUACAUAUGGCCAUGUCAACGCUGGCCGACUCUACUGGCUGCACAAUGCCAUGGUGCUGCCGCCAGCCUCCUCGUUGGUGGCUCCAGCGUUUGAUUGUGUUUACCUCCAUGGCGAGUGCUAUAGUCAUCAUGCUGACUGACAUAACUGCGACCAUCGCAGCUGGAAAAGCACUGUACGGCUACGACGCCCCUGAACCUGGUUAUACUACAUACGACUGUGCAACCAUUCGACGCUAUCUCAAGAUGGGCAUCCGCAACCGGACGAGGCAACUGCACGAGAUUGAGACAGCAGUCGCGGCCCGCCAGCGCAUUCUGUACCUCGAACCCGACGACUCUGACCCCACAGAGUACCACGUCGUGUUUGGCAACUGCUCGAGCCUGGGCGGGUACCGAAGCAGCGACCGCCUGUACACCGACUGGCACCUCCUGCCGCUACUCCAGCGCAUCCUCCACGGCAUCAACCACUCGACUUCCAUCAACCUUCUACAGGAUGAUGAUCAUCAUCACGUUCCCAUCAUUACCCACGUCGCCGUCGUCGACUGCGCGUAUGGCGGACGGCAGAUCCAAGACACGUCUAUGUUGAAAGCGUACUUAGUUGACGUCAACCUGACAACCAUGACGUCGUUUGCGCUCCAAACGAUGAAUGCCGUGCGGGAAAGUACCCGCAUGGAGGUGCAAGUGGGGCCAGUGGUCGUGUCCUCCGCGCAACUGAGUCGGUUCGGCCUCGGUGCCCCGGACGGAACCAUCGUCGUGGGUGCCCGGGUUCUCGACAUGUUUGGGCUCACGUACGACGGUGUGUCCGAGUACCGAACGCUCGUGUCGUUUGACUUCCCAUACGAACCAAAUACGCCAUUCCACGACGCGAUUAGCGUGGCGGACGACGAGUCUUCGCGACUGAACCAGUGGAGGUGGCGAGUUAAAAGCACCAACGAGUUGAUCGUCCUUAAUGGUUAUUCCGGGUACUACCGAGGCAGCAAGUCAUCUCAGACGAGCUUUGUGCGCUACGUGGUAGCCAUGGACGCAACCCCAGUGCGAGAUUUCGCCAUCGACAACUUCCAGGCCCAGGGACAUUCCAAGGACUCGCGGACGUGGAUGCAUGUGCUGGGUAUCGUCACGGUGGGGCUUCGCAUUGGGUUCCCCGUGGGGGUGUCGCACCACAUGGCUGCCAUGUCGUUAUGGGGCCCCCAAUUCUGGCUCCCGGACGUGUGCGGGAUCGUCAAGCGGCAGCUCCGCCUUCGCGCCCUCUUGAUCUUCGUCACAGUGUUCGCCGACCGGUUUUGGAUCGUGCAAGAGUGGGCGCUCACCGCGGGCUACCGUCGGUAUGAUUUGGAGCCGAUGAUUGGCAGCGACGACGUCGUUCUCAGCGACAGUUUCGUGACAUUCCUCGUGUUGACCGAUGUCAUCGCGACCGCGAUGCACGUCGCCGUGGUGCCCAUCGUACCUGUGAUCCUCUUCAUAUUGUGCUACACUCAACGCGAGAUGCUGGUGCAAGCACUCACGUCCGAUAUGGAACAAGACGUGGCGUCGUACAUGAACGACGUGUACAUGCGCAACCUUCUCACAUAUUCCCCCACAACCAUGGACAUCUGGACACGGUACCCGUUGGAAGAGAUGGACGACCCGGCCAUGUGGUUUGUCAUGCGGGAAUACGUGUGGUUCUUCGCGGCUUGUGUUGUCAUGGCAGUCGGCCUCGCCCUCGUCAAGCUGGUCCACGUACUCGUCCGUUCCUUGUCGACAACAGUGACACCUUCCGGCCGCAUGCCCUCCACGCGGGACCUGGAGCCGUGCAAGAUUAUCGACAACAAGUCGAACACGCUGCAGUUUCUAGCCCCUUUCAUCCCCCCGCGUGCUCUGGGCCAAUGGGGCGUGGUGUCCGUCCCCCCCACCUCUGCCAACGAUGGCACAAUGCUCGGGGUGCCCCAGUACCACAACUCCGAAUUCCAGCUCGACAGGUCGAGCAUUUGGACUGCCGGGUGGGUGCUCGUCGGCCGCCGGCACCUCGUCCGGAUCGACGACCUCCCCAACCUCUUUGUCAACGGCGUCAUGGCCACGUCCAGCAUCGUCAAGGUGUACGGGUGCGCCGUCGAUGAAGAUAAUACCAAGCCCAAUGUACACGCUCUCCCUCGCCCGCCCCGCCUGUUUCUCAACCCGCGCCUCGUGCCGCUACCCCCGACCACUAUCUCGCUGCGGCACCUCCGCCAUCUCAGUGUCGACGUGUUGUGGGUGCGCGAGAUCUCAGUAGGCGACGCCACACCGGCCACCGUCAAGCACAUGAAGGGGAAACGCAAAGUGACUCCGCGACUGUCCCAAGCGACGUCGCAAGUGUCGGGUGGGUCUCGCACGUCGUCGUACGUAUCUCAAGCGAACACGCAAAUACGGCCGGCGUCGCGGUCCACGUCUUCUCGACACUUGGCUCGGUCACUGGCAUAACUAGGAAAUUGAUUAAUAUUAGUAAACAAAGUGAGCGUGUUGGGCACAAUCA